GCAGUAUUUGAUUUAUUAAUGUCCACAAAGAAUAAAGACAAUCAAUGGAAUAAACCCAAGUGGCCAAAAAAAUCCCCGAUUAUAACUUGUCAGCUUCGUCUUAUCUACCAGCAACCUUUGUUCCUCCUUUCCCAAAUCACUAGUAAAUCGCGUACAUGGGUGCCUCUCAAUCUCAACCUACACAUAACGAAGAUAGCCAGCAGCCUUCCUUUUCUGAGAAGCAGCUCUCUCAUUCCUUUACUGCCCUGAAUCUAGACGACAGCGAAGCUCGUGUUCGUUUUGCCGGCUUAUCUCACGAGAGUUUGGAGAGAUAUGAAGAGGAAUUUUAUGCUGACCCCAAGAACCAAUUUGCUCUGAAUGCCAUUACUCGUAAUGAAAUCACCUCGGUUUUGAUUAACCACAAGGCAGCUGUCAAGGACCAACAUAUCUUUAACGUUCAAACUGACGUCGAAGGCAAGGCCACUAACCAAAAGUCUUCUGGUCGCUGCUGGUUGUUUGCUGGUACAAACGUCUUGCGUCGCCUGUUGAUUCAAAAGUACAAGCUCGACGAAGAUUUUGAACUCUCUCAAAACUACCUUUUCUUCUAUGACAAACUCGAAAAAGCCAAUUACUUUUUGGAAAACAUGAUCGACCUUGCUGAAGUUGAUGUCAACGACCGUGUUGUACAAUACCUGUUGCAAACCCCUAUCAACGAUGGUGGCCAAUGGGAUAUGUUCAUUAAUGUCGUUGAGAAGUAUGGUGUUGUACCCAAGAGUGCCUACCCUGAAACCUACUCUUCGUCUGCAUCCAGCCGCCUCAACUGGCUUGUCUGCGUCAAGCUUCGAGAAUAUGCGGUUCAGAUCCGUCAGGCACGUGAACAAGGCAUUUCCACUGCCGCUUUGAGAGCACAAAAGGACAAAAUGGUUGCUGAGAUCCACCGUAUCUUGAUGAUUACCCUUGGCGAACCUCCCAAGAAAUUCGACUGGGAAGUUAAGAACAAGGAUGGUAAAGUUAUUAGCAUCAGAAACCUGACUCCCAAAAAGUUCUAUGGGGAAAUUAUCAAUUACAAGUUGACCGACACUGUUUCACUGAUCAAUGACCCUCGCAAUGAAUACUCCCGUUUGUAUACAGUCGAUCGACUUGGCAAUGUUGUUGGUGGUUCCGAUAUCAGAUACAUCAACACCGCAGCCAAGAACCUGAAGAAGUAUGCCAUCAAGGUCCUCAAGAGUGGACGACCAGUGUGGUUUGGUUGUGAUGUUGGUCAAUUUUCCAACGGUGGAGUUGCUGCUAUGGAUACUGAUCUUUACAACUACGAACUGGCUUUCGGCAUCAAACUCGGUUUGACCAAAGCACAGCGAGUAUUGUACGGAGAAAGUUUGAUGACCCAUGCCAUGGUAUUCUCCGGAGUUCACUUGGAUGAAGAUGGUAACCCUGUGCGUUGGCGCGUUGAGAACAGUUGGGGUGAUGCUUCCGGCGACAAAGGUUACUGGAUCAUGACCGACAAGUGGUUUGAACAAUUUGUUUAUCAGGUUGUUCUUGAAAAGAAGGAUGUUCCCGAUAACUUGUUGGAGGUACUCAAAACCGAGCCUAUUGUUCUCCCCGCUUACGAUCCUAUGGGAGCCUUGGCUUAAAUUAAUAGGAUCAUAUUAGUGUAUGAAAUAAAUAUGCUAUGUUCAUAUAAUGUGGGGAAGGAUACAAAUCCCAUUUUCUUUUGAUGGCAAUCC